AUGAAUUUCAUCGUCGCAGUCAUUUCAGAAUCAUACGAGAAAGUUAUGUAGAAAAUAGUUGCUGAAACUUACAAGUGUUAAGAAGGCAAGUUAGCUCAGAAAGCUAAGAAAAUGGUAAGAUAAUAUGAAAUGAUUUUGAAUGAUAAUAUAGGAGAGUGGUAAGGUUUCAUUAAAGAUAUCAAAAGUACCAUAAAGACUUCUACUACUCGGGCUAAGAAUGAAACUUUGUAGAAUCUAGGUCUCAUCUAAAGUACAAAUCAAAAAUUGAUGGAAUAAUUGCAAAUUGAUACUAAUAAAAGAUUUGAUUUAAUUUAAGAGACAUUAAAGCAAAGAAUGGAUGGAUUAGAGCAGUUAGUUAAGGAAAGUAUAGGCAAGCUACUUGAAAAUGCAGGAUAAUAAUAAUAGUGA